CGGUUUCGUCUCGUUGUGAAUUUUGCCAGCAUGUCGGUGUAGUUCCUUCUACUAGUAGUGCUAUGUUGGUUCUGUUGAAAACAGUGUUGGACAAGAAUGUUCUCGGUGCCCGCUUCUGUCGUGCCUUCAUUCGGUUCUUGUACUCUGAAGAUACAAAGCUUUCCCGACAGGCAGAUGGAUAUUUUACACACCAUGGCUCACAUCACGAAAAGCAGGCCCUGUCGGUAUCGUGCAUAGUGUUUUUUGCUCGAGUUGUUUUUAAAAUUUCCCGCUCCUCGGUUGAAAUCUUUAUACAACUUCUUUCACGACGAGUACUACUUCUAGAGGCAGCUCUUGGUCUUCGUUUUGACUCUUUUCACCCUCCAUUUGAUAUCGAUGUGGUGGCGAGCAGCAUGGUGCUUCAUAUCCUUGCAAAUGACCACCUCCUUGAGGAUGUAAGUACUUAACAUCAAAGAAAUAGCAGUUCUUGCAGGACCUACUUACCCUGAACAUACUGUUGCCCCCGUUCUUUUUCUUUUCUGUUUAGCUUUAGUAUUAGUGUUAUUUACGCGCGAAUAAAACGAAGUCUGGGGAAUCCUUUUUGAGUAUGGCGCGGGGUGAUAGUACUUUUUCCUCCCAACAUAAUUUUUCGACCGGUGAUCUCAACACUGGUCAUCCUCGCGGCCCACAGAUGGAAAAAGGUUCUGAACGGAAUAAACAGCAGAUGAAUCACCACGUCUACACCCAGUUCGUCCCGGAACUGGGCGGCACCUGUCUCUUCAACCGAUUUUCUGUCAAAAAAGGCGACGUUGUGCUGGAGGAGAAGCCCAUAUUGCUCACCUCCAACCACCCCCUACCCCCGAUUGCGGCCUUUGCCCCGAUCGGAAGGGAGCGCACGACGGUGGGACUGGUCGUCGGUCGUCCUGAGGAGGGAAUAAAUGGAUCAGGCUGUGCUUUUGCAGGGGAUGAAGAUGAACACAUAAAGUGUAAUGAAUACAAGAAGUCCACCUCGGAGCAUGAGCAGCUGCUCGGCAGCCCCACCGCCUGGCCGCAGGACACGUCGUUUGAUUCGCGGAACUAUGCAUUGCAAAUACCGAAGUUCUGGUUCUGAAAAGAACCUGUGAUGUUGAGUUGCGAAUGCUUGCAACACUUGCAAUGGCAGCCAGGCAUGGCAAGUUUUUGCAGCGCCUUUUGAUCAUGCCUAGCACGCAUUUUACCAGUCGCGUUCUUUAUUUCGCAUGACACAUGGAACGAUCUUCAGAUUUUCCAGGAAUUAGGCCAGACAUGCAUUUUUACAAGUUCCAGUUCCACCUGUAUUCCAGACCCACACACAAUAUUUGCAAAAAUGCAUAGUAACCUAAUCCCAUUGGCGCUCGAGUUCGUGGACGCAGAUCCGCAGACGCAGCGGUACGUCUUGGCAGAGGGAUAUCAAAUGCAAAUACGUCCCGGUCUGUUGGUUGCGUAUUCUGCACGGCAAAUGGCGUUUUAUUUGCAUGGCAGGCAAGAGGGGCUGUUCGUGCGUACGUUCGUGCGUACGCAUCACAAAGAACCUCAGACCAGAGUCAUGCCAGACACGCAUGACAAAUCUUGCAUUCAGCUUCCAGACACGGAUCGAUAUUUGCAAUGCAUAAGGGCUCGUACCAGGCGAUUUGCGAGCCGUCGAGUGUUGAAGAUCCUUCUUGCAAGAUAAAAUGUUUCGCGGAGCCGGGUCAGGGUCAGCACGGCGUGGAUCAUGAUACUCGUCCGAGCAGCUGCGACCGUGAUUUUGUCGUUGCAACUGACCACACGGAAGGAGUACUGGAGGAACAAGAAGAACUCAUGUUGGGUGCUGGUCGCGUAAGACCACAUGAUCUGGGUCGUCCUGAAGUAGAACAAAGUCCUCAGCCUCAGCUUCGUCAGGCUGGUCGUGGUCUCGUUCCAGAAAUGGCUGUGUUGAAGAUGAUGAAAACACAAACAGCGGGCUCAGCUACACUAGCGUCGUGGAGUGAGGAGGAAGGCAGUAGUACGAGGUCACCUUCUACUGCGUCUACUACCGCGACGACGAGCGUAGUUUCAGCGACGCCGUGCAACAGCAGUGCAACUAAAAGUACGAUCGAGGUGAACAAGAUGAAUUAUGAUCAGAUCAACCCAGUAGCGCGCUCCUGUGCCUUGGCAGCGGAGUAUGACGGGGAGAAAAAACGCUAUCAUUAUGGUAGUAUGUACUAGAGUUCUUCAUCUUUUUGCAAGGACAUAUUUUUACCACACCAAAAGAAAAGCAGCUUCCAGCGCAAGAACUAGGCCGCUGCUCUAUAAUGAAGGAAAAGGAGUUUUAUUAUGGUAAGAUUGCAUAAAGUUGAAGUUCAUUGGUGCAGCAUGGUAAGGAGGACAAAAGUACACCUGCGAAAAAUGCUGGCAAUUUUCCGCGUGAUACGGCGCAGCUCUGGCUUCGGGGGGCGCCCUGGACUACAGUAGGGGACGUCGAGUUAGUUGCAGAACCGACGACCACAUCCCCCGCGACGACCCCACACAGCUCGACUUCCAGCGAGGUGCGUCAGGAGUUGCACGAGUUGGGAGCAGAAAAUAGUAAACUUUUAGCCGGAGACUUAGAUGUUCAUUACACAAGGACGACCUCAAGUGACCGAACAACUACGUCAGAAGAUGGAAAUUCCGAUGGUCGUGCUGCAGCACCAGCAGGUCAUAUUGCACUUCUUGAUCCGCCCAACUUAAACGUUACUCCGCACGAAAUCCUCAGCAAACUACUUCGUGUCCUGGCGAUCAAUGCGCAUUCGUUCAACCAGGGCCAACAGGCCGCGCUGUUUGACCUGGGAACCAAGAUUGCGCACACCUGUCUGCACCCGAAUGUGGUAUACAGCUCCGACGCGGUAAAGACGGUUGGGAAAUGGACGGCUGUGCAAGAUUAUGCAUUGCAAAUAUGUAGAGGUAUGGGUCUGGAAAGUUGGGACUUGUGAUGCUGGCUUUGGACUCUAAAAAAAUUUAUGGCAUGAUGACCAGCAAGACCAAGAGGAGUUCAGUGUGUGCUACGCGGGGACGGCCAUUGUAAUGCGGAAUAGGCAGCAGGAAGCCCUGUACAAAUCUAUGAUGCUAGGGCAUGCAACAUUACAGACAUCCUUGGUCACGCCAAAUAUGCAUGACAAACAUGGCAAUGUUCCAGACCACCCAGACAUAUUUGCAGUUGAUAAAGAUAUUCCGCCUGACUCGCUCCUUCUUGCGUGCUACCUGCCACCGCACCUGACCUAUCAAAUACAAAAAUGUCUGGGUCUGGAAGAAUGCAACUUGUCAUGCUAAAUCUGCAGCAUGCAGAAAUCUGUGUUGCAUGAUUACCAAAAGUCGUCCAGUUUUGACCAAGUCGGGAGGGAGUUUCUCAUGCAGGAUAGGCCUUAGAAAGGUCUCGCAGAAUCUGUCAUGCUAGGUCCUGCAUUCCAGACCUCAUGGGUGGGUCAUGGAAAAGCAGCAUGACAAAUCGCGCACUCUUCCAGACCCAGACAUUUUUGCAUUUGAUAUGACCCACGUGUCCGCGAAACUGCGCCGGCGCAUAUCAGAGUGCACAACUCCCGCUCCCCCUCAUUUGUCAUGCAAAAUACCAAAUCCACCCUUUGCCUCUUGGCACUUUCCGCAUGACAAGUUCUGGAACCUCAAACAGUACUACAGUCCGAUGUGGAUUUGUCAUUCGAAACCUGCGCUCUUGCAGACGCUUGUGUUGCUGUUUGUGCAAUGCAAACGAGGGGGAGGGGGAGCUGUGCACUCUCAUAGCGCAUUCUGUACUCGCAGAAGGGAUUUGUUUGCCAGUGCACGGUCUGCAGGAGGGCGGAAGAAUUUUUUGAUCCGUUUAUUGUCGGUUGUAGUAGUUCUUGCGGAAAAAUAAAAGCAAGCUGUCUAACUUCAACGGCUUGUUCGGGCGAAAGGAUCGAUGACAGCCUGGUCGUGACAACAAGCGCUUCCACGGGUAGAAGUUCCUGCACCGAACUGGCAGCCAAGACUGCAACUGAAGAAGAGGCUCUUACCAAUGCUAUCCUGUGUGAAAAAUGAAAUUGACUUUUAUGUGCUAUUCAGGUCCACGACAUCAUGCUACGCCCAUUACGGCCUACCAGGACAAGUUGUGUACGAUCCCGAAUACUACAGAUGAUAAGGAACUACAGACUCAUCUAUAGAAAAAAACGUCAUGAUGAAUGAGAAUGAGCAAUAAUUUUUUGCUUUACUCAUUUCUCGAUCUUUUCUCUUCAGCUCGAAAACACUAUUAUUGUAGUUGAAAACCUGGGAGAUGAUAACCUUCAAGUUCAAACGUGCCUCCACGUCCGCCUGCUGAUUUGUGGAGUGAAUGAUUGUAAACUACAGUUUAUUUUUAUUUUUUGCACAGGAUAGACCCUGCGAUGCAGUUGUACAGUGUCUACCCCUCAGACCCGGGGGCGACAUGUCGGAGAACCAUGCCUAUCAAAUGCAAAUAUGUCUGGGUCUGGAAUGUUGCCGGGUUUGUCAUGUGUAUUUUGCUUGACCCACGAUGUCUGUAAUGCACGACCUAGCAUCACAGAUUUUUAGAGGGCUUCCUGAUGCCUACUCCGCAUGACAAAUGCCCUCCCCGCGUAGCACAAACGAGACUCCUCUUGUUGGUCAUGCAAUACAGAUUUUUUUUGGAGUCCAAAGUUAGUAUCGCAAGUUCCAACCUUCCAGACCCAGACAUUUUUGCAUUUGAUAAUGCCGCAAGAAGUGAGGGAAAACUUGUUGGACUUGCUGCGCUACGCAUUGCAAGACGGUCGUAAACCUGUAGUACUUGAGGUGCAUCAUAACUUUUGUCAGAAGGAAAAAUGGAAUUUGUCAUGCAUACUCAGAUUAUAG